AUGGGUGAUCCAGCAUUCGUAGUGCCAUUAGAGAAUGUGGCUGUAAAAUAUAGCCUUUCUUAUGAGGAUGUACCAGUUGAGAUUCUUGAUCCUCAGGAUGGUAUCAUGCUAAGCCAAAGGAAGUAUGCAGAGUAUCUUCCCACACAAGCACGUCUAAGUGAUCAGAAGGUAGCUCACACACCUAUGGAGAUAAAUGUGAUGUACAAAAAUGAUGAUGGUGACCCUCUUGCAGAACCAACACUGUACAGGAGGCUCAUUGGUUGUCUAAUUUAUUUGACAAUAACAAGACCUGACAUCUCAUAUCCAGUUCAAGUCUUGAGCCAAUUUGUUACAAAUCCUUGCCAGCAUCAUUUUUCAUCCCUCCUUAGAAUCAUUCUCUAUGUUCAGAGUACAAUUAAUCGAGGUCUUUUCUUUCAUUCAACAUCAUCUCUAAAUCUCGAAGGGUAUACAGAUGCAGAUUGGGCAGGAUGUCCAAACUCUCGAAAGUCUACGACAGGAUGGUGUAUGUUAAUCAUAUCAUCACUUAUCUCAUGGAAGUGCAAGAAGCAGCCAAGAAUUUCAAAAUCAUCAACGGAGGUAGAAUAUAGAUCAAUGUCAGCUGCUUGCUCUGAAAUUGUGUGGAUAUAUCGAUUGAUGGCAGAACUUCAUAUCUCUGUUGAUGGCUCCACUACAUUACAUGCUGAUAAUACUAGUGCAAUACAAAUAGCAACAAAUUCGGUCCAUCAUGAGACCACAAAGCACAUUAAGGUGGACUGCCAAUAUAUUCAAGAACAUGUUGUUGAUCAAGUCAUCAGUAUUCGAGAUAUCAUGUCACAUGAUCAAUUGGCAGACUUGUUUACAAAAGUGAUGACAAGGAGCAGACACCAAUUCCUAUUAUCCAAAUUAAUGCUUCUUGAUAAGUAG